AUUCAAAGCAUAAAGUACAAAAAACUAUAAUAAAAUGACUUUUACCGUUUUGGCUUAAAAUUACAGUUUUCGAAAUUUCGAAGAGCGCAUCAGAAAUUGAAAGUGUUUAAGACGUGUGCGCAUUUAAUAUAUACAUACAUAUAUUUAUAUUUGUGUAUAUCAAUUUGAAUGUGUGAGAGGAGAGAAAAAAGCUUUAAGUCAAAAGCAAGAACAGCGCAGGCAAAAAGCAACGAAACGCACGAAAAAAAAAUACAAAAUCAGCUGUGAGAUUGUUUUAUAGCACCAGAAGCAGCAACAAGAACCAGAAAAGUAAACGUGUGUGCAAAUUGUGAGUGUUGCAAACCGCAGACCAGAAGAAGAAAACAACAGAAGCAGACGAAGAGCAGCUCUUGCUUUCUCAACCGCCGCCUCUCCCCCUCUCUCACUAUAGUUUUGGAAAGGAGUCGUAACCCAGCUUGGAAUCCACGGGCAUCUAUUCCGCUCUGUAAUGGCUCAACUUCGUUCCUGGAGCGCCCCUCGUACAACAAUUAAAUUCGUUUACUACAGUCGCAACGUUGGCAGCAGCAUCAGCGUUAGCAGCAACGGCUAUUUAGCCACUGCAGCGGCAUUUGUCAACAACGGCAAACGUUGCCAUAGAAGAAGCCUACAUACAGCAUGCGCCAGCGCCAACGCCAGCGGCAACGCCAGCGGCAACGCCAACGCAAGCAGCGGCAGCAAAAAUGCUGGUCUGGACAUGGUGAGCGCUCUGCAUUCGCAUCAACAUGCGCUGUGCUGGCAGAAUCAGUUCUUGAACGGCGCUCGCUGCCUGCAUUCGGCGGCGCGUCAGCAGCAGGCGCAGGUGGCGCUUGCAGAGAUCGCUGAUGAUGGCGGCAGGGCCGCCAAACAGGGCGCAGCCGAUGCGGAGCCCUGCCAAUCGAAGCCCGAGGGCAAGCCCGAGGGCAAGCCCCAGCGCGAUCCACUCGAUGUCAGCUUCAACGAUCCGAUAGCGGCAUUUAAGAGCAAGACCACAUGGGAGCUGGUGCGCGCUUAUAUGGUCUACAUGAUCUGCACCAGCGAGAAGCUGGUUGAGCACAAUAUGACGCUUUUAAAAGUCGCUCGCGCCGUGCUGGGCAGCAAACUGUUUGUGAUUCUGAUGAAGUCCAGCUUCUACGGGCACUUUGUGGCCGGCGAGAAUCGCCACACGAUUGUCCCCGCGCUCGAGAGACUUCGCUCGUUCGGCGUCAAGCCCAUCCUUGACUAUUCCGUCGAAGAGGAUAUCAGCCAGGAGGAGGCCGAGAAGCGUGAAGUUGAAUCUUCCGUUUCGAGCACCGGUGAUAAUGCCCAGGACGCGGGCGCCUUGCCGCAGUAUCAUGUGGACAAAUCCUUUGCCGAUCGUCGCUACAAGGUGAGCAGCGCACGCACCUAUUUCUAUCUGAACGAGGCGACCUGUGAACGCAACAUGGAGAUAUUCAUCAAGUGUCUGGAGGCUGUGUCGGACGACGAUAGGAAAGAGCCGCGUGCUGCGGCAACGGGCGCCACCUUCGGAACUGGCAUCACAGCCAUCAAAUUGACCGCCCUGGGCCGUCCACAGCUGCUGCUGCAAUUAUCCGAGGUCAUAAUGCGCACACGUAAAUACAUGGAGGCACUUGUCGGCGGAGAGGGCAACGUACUCACCCAUCACAAGACCAUCAAGGAUCUCGAGAAGUAUUAUGCCAGCGUUGGCGACAACAAGGAUGUGCAGCAGUUCUUGCGGAACGUUACAUCCGACAAGGAGGGUAUACUGCAUCUGUUUCCCUGGUCGGGCAUUGUGGACGAGGAUUCACAACUGAGCGACACAUUUCGCGUGCCCGAUCCGAUAACGGGUGCAAUUCAUCGACUGAUCUCACAAAUAGCGCCCAAAGAGGAGGAGAUGUUUAGAAACAUGAUACGUCGUCUAAACACAAUUGUAAAGACUGCCGAAGAGCUGGACGUGCGCAUUAUGAUUGAUGCGGAGCAAACCUAUUUCCAGCCAGCGAUUUCACGCAUUACGCUGGAGAUGAUGCGCAAAUAUAACAAGGACAAGGCCAUAGUAUUCAAUACCUAUCAGUGCUAUUUGCGUGAGGCCUACCGUGAGGUGGUCACCGAUUUGGAGCAGGCUAAACGACAGAAUUUCUAUUUUGGUGCCAAGCUGGUACGUGGCGCCUAUAUGGAUCAGGAGCGUGGACGCGCACAGGCGCUGGGCUAUGCCGAUCCCGUGAACCCCAACUAUGAGGCCACCACAGACAUGUAUCACAAGACACUGGCCGAGUGUUUGCGUCGCAUCAAGCUGCUGAAGGAUUCGGGCGAUGAUUUCCGCAAGAUUGGCAUUAUGGUUGCGUCGCAUAAUGAGGAUACCGUCCGUUUUGCCAUCGAGAAUAUGAAAUCGAUUGGCAUUUCACCGGAGGACAAGGUCAUCUGUUUUGGUCAAUUACUGGGCAUGUGUGAUUACAUCACCUUCCCGCUAGGUCAGGCCGGCUACUCGGCCUACAAGUAUAUACCCUAUGGACCCGUUGAGGAGGUACUGCCCUAUUUGUCGCGUCGCGCCCAGGAGAACAAGGGCGUUCUGAAGAAGAUCAAGAAGGAGAAACGACUGCUCGCCAGCGAGAUACGCCGUCGUCUGUUCCGCGGCCAGCUCUUCUACAAGCCCAAGGGCAACUAUGUGCCCAUCUAAGCAGCUCCGGCUCCGGCGCCGGCUUCAGCUGGUUGCGAGAUUUGCGAUUUAUUAUGUUGUCCGGGCAGACCGAUAAACGAAUAUAGCAUAAAUAAUACACAGACAUCUCCGAGCGACAAACCUGACAACAGCAACCGCAACAGCAACAACAACUUAAAUAACAACCCGACUAAAGAACACCUCACACACGCCUGAGACAACAGAGAUAAAUCCCGCUUGUGGAUUGUGUGUGUGCGCACCUUUUUUUUUUUUUAUUCUUUUGUUUUUACAUUCUAAGUGUUCUAUCGUUAGAUGCGUUCGAUUCCCAUAUGGAAAUCGAUUUAUAUAUAUAGAUAUUUAAAGAUAUGCGCCGAAUAUACACGUAACUGCAGAGCAGCAUAAAAAUAAGAUCUAAAGAAUGUAAAACUUUAUAAUUUUGUAUUCAACGUGUUUUAUCGCAGUAUGCGUCUAAAUAUAUAUAUGUAUAUAUACAUAUAUAUGUGUAAAUAUAUAUAUAGAUAUAUAUAUAUAUAUGUAUAUCUAUAUAUAUACAAAUAUUUGUAUGUAUAUAUAUGUAUAUACAUAAACGCAUGUAUAUGUUAUCAAAAGUUGAAAGAAAGCAAACUCAUACAAAAUGAAGAGACGGACGGCAAAGAGAAGCGAACCAUAUGCAUAUUAAUUAUUUUAUUUAAUGAACCUGUUGCUUGCAUAUGUAUUUCGAUAUAAGUCAUUAAUAUUUGUAUCUCUUCUUGUUGCAACAUUUA